GUAGAAGAACAGUGAAUCGACUGAUACGAGAGGUAGCCAUCUUGUAUGAACAAAGCUUUCGUUGAACAUAAUUCACACAAAAAUAUUCGUUACUAUUCGCAUUGUGUCUUCACUCUGUACCUUUGGACUAUGUCAGAAUUAUUGUACCACACGUUAACUUAGCUAUGGCCGCUUCAAGAAAGCUUCAAGGAGAAAUAGACAGGUGUCAUAAGAAAGUUGCAGAGGGUGUGGAAACAUUUGAAGACAUUUGGCAGAAGGUCCACAAUGCCACAAACAGUAACCAGAAGGAGAAAUAUGAGGCUGAUCUCAAGAAGGAGAUUAAAAAGUUGCAGAGAUUACGGGAUCAGCUCAAGGUUUGGAUUGCAUCCCCGGAUAUCAAGGAUAAAGGGCCCUUGGUUGAUGACCGAAAGUUAAUAGAAACUCAAAUGGAGAGGUUUAAAAUAGUUGAGCGGGAAACAAAAACCAAAGCUUACUCCAAAGAGGGCCUCGGAGCAGCACAAAAACUGGAUCCAGCACAGAAAGAACGCGAGGAGAUCAGCUGCUGGCUAGUCAAUUCCAUCGACGCGCUCAAUAUUCAGUUGGACCAAUUUGAGUCUGAAAUCGAGUCCCUCCUUGCGGGAAAGAAAAAGAGGUUAGAUAAAGACAAGCAAGAUCGUAUGGAUGAGCUUAAAGGAAAAUUAGAGAAACACCGGUUCCACAUCCGAAAACUUGAAACAUUGUUACGAAUGUUAGAUAACACUGCUGUAGAAGUUGGGCAGAUAAGAAAAAUCAAGGAUGACGUGGAGUAUUACAUUGAAGCAUCUCAAGACCCAGACUUUGAAGAAAAUGAAUUUAUAUAUGAUGACAUUAUUGGCUUAGAUGAGAUAGAACUAUCUGGUGUUGGUCUUCCUUCAUCUGCAACAACAGAUAGUAAUAACAGCAACGACACAGGUGGUACUCCCACAUCAACGAGAUCAGGUGGUUCACCACCCACUUCACCUCUUCAAAAUCUCAACCAUUCCAGUGAGAGCCCUACCCCAGAUGCCGAAAAGAAGAAGAAAGACGAUCAAAUGGCCAAAGUUAGUCCUGUAAAACCAACUGCAGUGAGAGCCAGCCAGCAAAAUUCCCUCAUAAACUCUACAGGGAUUAUCCCUCCUAUUAAACCUGUUAUGGUUACUCCUAGCAAGACAUCUACUGGAGUAGCUCACUCCACACCUAACAAUAGCUCUCCAAGCUCAUUAAUGAACCAUUCUGUUGGCAAUUUUGCUGCUGUAGCAGCUGCCAAUAGUCACCCUGCACCACCUACAACCCCAACAGCUUCUACUAAUUCAAACAAUAUUUCCAGCAGUAAAUCAACUCAUAGUACAGAAAAUGGCACCAUACCUGUAUCAUCACCACACAGCCAGCCUCCAAGUUUAAUGCCUGCUAUUGGAUCAUCGAAUAGCCAACAAGUUCCAUCGUUACUUCACCAUCCUGUUCCUCAACAAUCUUUGGUUGACACCAGACCUGUGAGCAGUAGUAACAACAGUAGCAGCAAUGUUAGCAGUACAAGCACAAGCAACCCACCUCCACACUUACAACUAGCCUCAGCAGGCUCAACACCACCUCCUGCUGUGUCCUCUAGUAACCAAAUGUCAUCUGUUGUUGGCAGUAAACAGACGCGAAUGCAGGGAAUGGUUAACUCUGUAGAUCAUCAUCAGUACAAUAAUACUACCGUAAAUUGCUCGUCACCCCCAUCUCCAGUGAGCAGUUCGGCAUCACCACUGCCAGCAGUAGGACCAGUUUCUGCUGCUAUAGCUGCAGCAUCGUCGGCGGGUUCCAUAUCUCUGGUCUCCCCUUCACCUGUGACAUCUGCCCCUACGUUUGGCUUGGGCACGUCAUCUGUUACAGCAUUACUAUCAUCAACCCCAGUGCAACAACAAACACCCCAAUCUCAACCAAUAUCCCAGCCCCAGUUGGCACUUCAACUCCAAUCUCAAUCCCAGCCGCAGCAUCAGCAGCCACAGGCACAGCAACAACAACAACAGCAGCAGCAACAGCAGCAACCGACUCAACAGCAGCAGCAACCCCCAACAUUAAAUGGACCAAAUGUAGGAGAUGUUGCUGGACUGUCGUCCCUGAAAAGUAUUGCCCAGCAAGCUAUUGAUAGAGCAGGUCUUGAAGUUCCACCUCCUGAGACAAGUAGAAGUUUGUUGGAGUCAAAGAUGAUGAUGCCUGUAACAACAGAAGCUCACAUACCUCCUUUACUGGGAGUAGCACCUUUAGGACCUGUUCCAUUACAAAAGGAGCAUCAGCGCCAAUUCCAAAAGCUUGAAGCUGCCUAUUACCAUAUGCCUUUACCAUCAGAUUCAGAAAAAUUGCGGUCCUACCUUGCAAGAAAUCCUUGUCCAGCACCACCGUAUUAUCCCCAGGUUCCCUUGCCUGACACAGACUCCUUAGAGUUCUACCAACGUUUGGGCAAUGAAACCCUUUUUUUCAUAUUCUAUUAUAUGGAGGGGACCAAGGCACAGUACCUAGCAGCCAAGGCCCUCAAAAAGCAAAGCUGGAGAUUCCACACAAAGUUAAUGCAUUGGUAUCAGCGCCAUGAGGAGCCAAGAGUUAUAAAUGAUGAAUAUGAGCAGGGCUCUUACAUAUUCUUCGACUUUGAGAAGUGGAUCCAGCGUAGAAGAGAAGGAUUCACUUUUGAAUACAAGUACUUAGAAGACAGGGACCUGAACUGAUGCGAUAAGGCUGACUCAACAUGCUCCAGAAGAUCCUUCACUGCUGAAUGAUUAAUUGCCAAUGUCCUUUUUUUCCAAGACGGAUAAGUCCGCAAGUGAUAUUGUAUAGAUUUUUUAAUCUCACUUCUGGCUUGGAUCGGGGAAAAUCCCUUUUCAAAAUCUCUGGAAGAUGAAAGGGAAUAAUGACGUUGUGUUGAACACAGGCUAAUUCUUGUUUUGUUUGUUCCUCGUAGUGACAAUUUUUUGUCCUAUGUGUGGUGCUGUGUAAUGCUGUGCUCUUGAGAGGUGAAUCACUGUGUGUUACUGCCAUUCAGCGACAUUAUGUUGCUGGGGCCUAAAAUGAAAUGUGAUAUUUUAUGUUCAAACAUUAACUAUCAUGGUGUAGUGUCAGUACUUCAUCCCAGACCGGAAGAAUUCUCUUUUUCAAAUUAUUUGAAAUGCAUGCCAUGCUUCUCUAAAAGACAGUAUAUUUUUUCUUUCCCUUUUUUCACUGUUGCUUUUUAUUACAUUUUGGUUUAUUUUUUUAGUAAACAACCAAAGUUUACUUAUUUGCAUACAUGUAUCCCUGAUUUUUUUCCAAGAUUAAAAAUAGUUUGGCAUGAACUUAAAUCCAUGUAUGUAACUAAUCUUUUGGUUACAUACGAGCAUCUGAAUUGUAUCUUAUCUAAAUGUUAUGACUUCUGUCAUGGGGCUGUUGAUAGAGAAAUUCUUUGCAUGCUUUUGGCUUGCUUCCUAUGGAAAUCCUUUACAUGGCAAACAUAGUUCCUGUUAAGUUGUUGUGGUUUACCUCAAGUAAACCCCAGGUUUUUAUAGUUUUUUCCCCCCAAUUUUUAGUUGGCAAAAAUUUUGUUUGCUGUUAUGAUUAAUCCUUGUGAAGGAAAUUUUUGUAACAGGAUCUACUAUGUUGGCUAUGUAAAUUUGUAUACCAUAUUUCCAGGCUACUGUCAUGUGAUGAUUGUAUUGUAUCCUUGAGUAAUUAAGCUACAAUAUAUAUUUCUUUACCACCACCACCAUAUAGAUCUUAUCAAGCAUGUGUUGAAAACAUUUGCAAACCAGCAGUCGUCUUUGUAGUAAGAUAGCCUUCAUGUAACUAGGAGUAUGUUCUUUUUACUUUUAUGCUUUCCAACAUUUGAGUACCGUGAAGUGAUUUUUGGACUUCCAAGCAUUUAUGUUGGACUUAACGCAUUGCAAUACCUUUAUCCUGUUCAUGAUCUCAAUUUUUUCUGAUUUCAAACUGCAGAAGAAUAUUUUGAAAUCGUGCUGUGUUUUUGUACCCUGCUGCUUGCAGUUCUAAUAUCUAGUAUUUUUGUUUUAUUUUUAUUUUAUAGUUUUUCCAUUUAGAAAGAAGCAUAGAUCUUGAUUGAGUUUUCUUUCAUCUGGUUAUGUUGUGUUUGUCUUUUCCUUUCUUCUAUGAAAUGAAUUCUUAAAUUUGUACAUUGCUCUCCAUCGACAUCCCUUGGCAAUCUUAAAAUUUUGCCACAUUUUGCUUCUCACCACGUUAUUAUAUUGUCUGUAUGAAAGUACCCGUACUGUUGAGUUACCUCACAGCAUUAUAUGCAGCUUAGUACCGUUUUAAGGUACUAAGUGCUGCAUAUUGCUGGAUCUUUUCAUGGUAGCUUGAGGAAUGAAACCCACUCUUCUGGUGUGCAGUUACAUUUUUGUUGUGAGCACCGUUUUAAGGUACUUACAUUCAACUUACCUGUCUGUAAUGUGCAUUGGAGGAUUGUGGGGAAGAAACUUGAGUGCAGUUCUGUAUAGUAUUAUUUUACAGUCUGUGCUUUUUUGUUAGUUAUGGAAGACUGGGUCUUGUCAGUGAGGAAUCAAACAUUUAAUUGGGCCUUCCAAGUUGUCCAGUAGAUGUAUUCUUGCUGAUGGGGUUACAUGUACAGCGUGGUGAGCGGCAUCUCUUGCAGUGGUUCACCUCAAAGGGAAGAUAACAAGAAGCACCAGGCAGCAGACAGUGAAAAACAACCAGUACAAAAAAGAUUUAUUGUGGGGGGAGGGCGUGGCGGACUCCCUCUUGCACAUCUCUUUUGCGUCUAUUUUGUUGUUCAUUUUCACUUUUGUAAAAACUAUUUAAAAGGUAUGAUUAAUGAAAUACUCUGUACAGUACUAUUUGUGUAGAAAUUGGAUUUACUAUUACAAAAGAAAGAUUUUUAAAUUUUAUUGCAUUGUAUAAUUUGUAUUAUGGUAAAGUUUAGAUGUGCAAGGUGGAAGUCCGUUCGAUCUGGCAACAUGCCACACGCUCCUUUGUGUCAAGCAUUCUUGAAUGCUAUCAGGGAAUUUCGUAACAAAAGAAUAAAAUCAUAUUUUAAAAAAAUUUGCUAACUUAUUUCCUUUUUUGUAAGGGAAGAGAAGUAGUUAAUGUUAUGAAAAAUCAUAAUAAAAAUGUCAAAAUGAUAAA